AUGGCCGCAAAGACGUACUCCCGCGACGAGGUCGCAAAGAACAACCACGAUGAGUCCCUCUGGUGCAUCAUCGACGCCAAGGUCUACGACCUGACAGACUUCCUCGACGCCCACCCGGGCGGCGAGUCCGUCCUCCGCCAGGUCGCCGGCCGCGACGCCACCACCGAGUUCUAUAACCUCCACCGCCAGGAGGUCCUCACAAAGUACGACAAGACCCUCGUCAUCGGCACCGUCGCCGGCGAGGAGCCCUCCGUCGUCGUCCAGCAGCCCGGCGAGCUCUCCGUCGUCCCCUACGGCGAGCCCCUCUGGCUCACGCCGCAAUUCAAGUCCCCCUACUUCUCCCCCUCCCACCGCGCCCUUCAGCGCGCCAUCCGCGAGUUCACCGACACCCACGUCACCCCCGAGGCGCUGCAGGCCGAGGAGAGCGGCGACUACAUCUCCCAGGAGCUCAUCGAGCGCAUGUCCAAGGCCGGCGUGCUGCACAUGCGCCUCGGCCCCGGGAAGCACCUCCACGGCGUCGAGCUGCUCGGCGGCGUCGUCAAGGGCGAGGAGUUUGACUACUUCCACGACAUGAUUGUCAGCCAGGAGCUCGCGCGGACAAACUGCCGCGGGUUCCAGGACGGCAACAUGGCCGGCAUGACCAUCGGCCUGACCGUCGUGCUCAACUUUGCCAACUCCGAGGCCCUCAAGAAGAAGGUGUCGGAGGAGGUGUUCAGCGGCAAGAAGAAGCUCUGCUUGGCCAUCACGGAGGCUUUUGCCGGCAGUGACGUCGCAGGGCUGAGGACGACGGCAGAGAAGACGCCUGACGGAAAGCACUACUGGAUCACCAACGGCGUGUUCUGCGAUUACUUCGUCACCGGCGUCAAGACCGACAAGGGCCUCAGCGUCCUCCUCAUCGAGCGCGGCGAGGGCGUCAACACCAAGCCCAUCAAGACCUCCUACUCUCCCGCCGCCGGCACGACGUACAUCACCUUCGACAACGUCAAGGUGCCCGUCGAGAACCUGCUGGGCCAGGAGAACAAGGGCAUCCACGUCAUCCUGAGCAACUUCAACCACGAGCGCUGGACCAUGGCUUGCGCCACGAUCCGCCAAUGCAGAACCGUCGUCGAAGAGUCCCUCAAAUGGUCCCACCAACGCCUCGUCUUCGGCAAGCGCCUCAUCGACCAACCCGUCAUCCGCCAAAAACUCGCAAAGAUGAUCGCCCUCACCGAGGCAAACCAGUCCUGGCUCGAGACAAUCACCUACCAGAUGUGCAACAUGCCCUACAAGGAACAGGCCAAGCACCUCGGCGGGCCCAUCGGCCUGCUCAAGAUGUCCGCCACCCGCGCCGCCCACGAGAUCGCCGACGAGUCCGUCCAGAUCUGGGGCGGCCGCGGCCUCACCCGCACCGGCAUGGGCCGCGUCGUCGAGAUGUUCAACCGCACCUACAAGUUCGACGCCAUCCUCGGCGGCGCAGAGGAGGUCCUCGGCGACCUGGGCGUCCGGCAGGCCAUGAAGUUCAUGCCCAAGUCAAGGUUGUAA